AUUCUCCGCGGCGCGGCGGCGGGUGCUGACUGCGGUACUCGGCCGCUUGCUCGUCCGUCUGCGCGCCCGCGAUGUGACCGACCGACUGGGGGCGGGCUGGCGGCUCUGCCUGCGGCAGCGCAGCAGCUUUUCUCGCGCCGGGUCUCUCGUUGAGCCGUGAUUCGCUUGGGGCCAGAGACACGCACCAGGGGCUCGGAGCGCCGCGCUCCGGGGCUGGAGGCAGCUGCAGCGCUCGGGUCCGCGCGGCCGGGUGCAGCAGCCUCAGUCGCCGCCGCGGCCUCAACGAGUCCUGUGCCCUGGCGAAUGCCCGGCGCCCGGCACGGCUGAGCCGAGGCAGCUGGUGCAGAGCGGCGGCGCCUGCUCCUGCACUCGCCGCUGCCGCCGGGCUGUGCCGGGGCGGCGGUGCUGCGCGCCGGAGUUUGCAGAGGCUGCCUCCGAGCGCGGUCCCCCAAGAAGACUCCCUGCCUCCUGAGUCCCAAAAACACGAGGUCGUUCUCCUAUUUUGGCAGUUGGGCACAACUUCAUUGCUGAGAAAGGGUGAUUUCAAGGCCAAGAAAGAAGAGAAAACUCUCACCACAACAUUUCGAAGGGGAUACAUUGCCAGAAUUUGGAAUACUCUUCUGGACAAACGUUUUCUCCAGGGACGCAGCUCUCUGCCCCCAUGUCACCACCUUUGAAGGACUGACUGACUCCCUCGGCUUGUGCCAGUGCCUGCUGCCACCAUGGGGCCCGCGGGGAGCCUGCUGGGCAGCGGACAGAUGCAGAUCGCCCUGUGGGGAAGUCUGGCCGCUGUCACCAUUUUCUUCCUCAUCACCUUCCUCAUAUUCCUGUGCUCUAGUUGUGACAGGGAAAAGAAGCCGCGACAGCCCAGUGGGGACCACGAGAACCUGAUGAACGUGCCUUCAGACAAAGAGAUGUUCAGCCGCUCAGUUACUAGCCUGGCAACAGACGCCCCUGUCAGCAGUGAGCAGAAUGGGGCACUCACCAAUGGGGACAUUCUUUCGGAGGACAGUACUCUGACCUGCAUGCAGCAUUACGAGGAAGUCCAGACGUCGGCGUCAGAUCUGCUAGAUUCCCAGGACAGCACAGGGAAGCCAAAAUGUCAUCAGAGUCGGGAGCUGCCCAGGAUCCCUCCCGAGAGUGCAGUGGAUAGCAUGCUUACGGCGAGGAGUGCAGACGGGGACCAGGGGCUGGGGACAGAAGGGCCCUAUGAAGUGCUCAAGGACAGCUCCUCCCAGGAAAACAUGGUGGAGGACUGCUUGUAUGAAACUGUGAAAGAGAUCAAGGAGGUGGCGGCAGCUGCACACCUGGAGAAAGGCCACAGUGGCAAGACGAAGUCUACUUCUGCCUCGAAAGAGCUCCCGGCGCCCCAGACUGAAGGGAAAGCUGAGUUUGCUGAAUAUGCCUCGGUGGACAGAAACAAAAAAUGUCGCCAGAGUGUUAACGCAGAGAGUAUUCUUGGAAAUUCAUGUGAUCCAGAAGAGGAGGCCCCACCACCUGUCCCGGUGAAGCUUCUGGACGAGAAUGAAAACCUUCAGGAGAAGGAAGAGGGAGAGGCAGAAGAGAGUUCCACAGACAGGACCAGUGAAACUAACAAGAGAUUUAGCUCAUUGUCAUACAAGUCUCGGGAAGAAGACCCCACUCUCACAGAAGAAGAGAUCUCAGCCAUGUACUCCUCAGUGAAUAAACCUGGACAGUUAGUGAAUAAAUUGGGACAGUCACUUACCGUGCCGGAGUCCACCUACACCUCCAUUCAAGGGGCCCCUCAAAGGUCACCCUCCUCCUGUAAUGAUCUCUAUGCUACUGUUAAAGACUUCGAAAAAACUUCAAACAGCACACUUCCACCAGCAGGGAGGCCCGGCGAGGAGCCAGAGCCUGAUUAUGAAGCGAUACAGACUCUCAACAGAGAGGAAGAAAAGGCCACCCUGGGGACCAGUGGCCACCACAGUCUCGUCCCAAAGGAGAACGACUAUGAGAGCAUUAGUGACUUGCAGCAAGGCAGAGAUGUCACCAGGCUCUAGCAACCCAGAAGACAGCCCUGGGUAGCCUGUGACGAUCAGCAUCUGGGGACGUUUCUUCCAUGGAAGAGAAGUGACACAGACCUAUACUUCACAUGCUGCUUUAGUCACCUGAAGCUGGUUGAAGAGGCCCUGACUGUUCUCCCAGUUGUUCAGUUUCUGAGACAAAGAGGUACGGACCAGGUGCACCUGAGUGUGCCCCUGACUGCCAGACGGACAGGCACACCCAAGCAUAUCUCCCUCCUGCACCCCCACGCCCACAAAAGAUCCCAGCUGUCAGUGGCCUCAUCCUAUUAGUGAGGAAAGCCAGGCUGUAUGGAAAAACUGCCCUCAGCGAGGACCACAACGCUCCCCGCCUAACGUACUGCCAUUUGGAAAAGCCAGGUUUUUCUUCCUCUCUUUCCUUUUCUCUGUCUGCUAUUGACUUUAAAAUGUAAAGCCUUUCCCCUCAAAAUGUCCAGAUUUCUAUGGUUCAUUCCAAGGAAAUUUUCACACAAGGCUUGGCCUUUGCCUUCAAUGGAGGUGUCUUAGGAUAGCAACAAACUGGCUGCUGCUUUCUGCCCAGCUUACCAGUCCUGGGGAUCUGGACCCUGCAGGUGAAUGGGACUGGGGAGGGACGUCCCUGGAGUCUCUUCCAUCUUUGUUUCUUCUUAUUUUGGCACUCUCUAUCAGCAGCCUCUCCCCAAAGUACUUGAAGUCAGUUUUAGAUGCUUUGUUUUAUUUUUCUAGUCAAAAACAUUUUCCCCCUCAAUGUUUGAAAACUCAUCCAAGCCUUUUCAGUAUUUUCCAUGAGUAUUGUGGUACUUCUAUUCUGGUUUAAGCCCAGAGCUCAUUCCAUCAAAACAGAGAGCCUUAAUCUUUAUGUUGGGACACAGACCACAUAUUUGGACAGCAGCCAUACAUCCAUCUCUGAAGGGCUGUGGACAUGAAUGUGUGUUUCCCAUGGUCUCCACUGCCCACACUAACAGUGUGGAAUCUUGUAAGUUAACUGCUACCCUAAGGUCAUCUAAGAUUAAAAUGUAAACAUUUAUUUUUGUUAUGUAAGUUUAUAAGAUGUUUUAUGUUUAAUGCCUACUUUCUCAAAAGUGCCAGAAAAAAUGUAUAUUAACUAUUUUGAUUUUAGGUACAAUGAUUUAUACUCUCCUUUUGAAAAGAUACCAUAAAGCACAUAAGCUAGGUCAUUACAAGGAGCUGUUAUCUUUUUUCUAAUCAGAUGUUUAAAACAUUGAUGGUUUUUAAAGACACCUUUUUAAAUGGUACUUGGAGCUCCUGAUCCAAAUUAUUUAGACCCCUAGAGAAAUAAAUGGAAUAGACAUAAAUAAUCAUUUUCAGUGGUUUACGGUGGGCAAUAUUGAAUUAUUUGAAAUGGUAAAAAUGGAAAGAACAAAAUAUAUGAUGAGAGGAGCUGUGAAUUAUAAAUCUCAUAAAAGUGUCAUAAUUCCAUUAAGGUUUAAUUAGAUUUUUUCAGAAAACAGUGAUGAAUUCUGCAGUCCAGUGCUUACCAAUGCAAAUUGUCCAUUGGAAUCUUUUUCCUAUGUUUUACAAACAUCAGUGGCUGAAAUAACUCAGAUUAAGAGCUCAACCUGGUUUGAAUCUAAUCAUCUCUUUAGAUCUUAUAAGGCCAGCAUUAGGAAACUUGUUCACUUUUCAUUUUCUAAGGAGCCUAGUUGAAGUGCUAUUAUAAGUGUGGGCUAUGGAAAGGCAGCUUUACCUACACUGAUAAAGAAAAAAAUGAGGAAAUUACUUCAUCCCAUUGUGAUGUCUGUGACUUUUUGGAUUUAAUAAACUAGCUGUUUUUCUUCUUUAUGACAAAGCAUAUAAUUGGGAGGAUGAACUAUCUUAAAAAUUGUAGAGACCAGCUCAUUGGAAUGUUUUUCCAUCCCUGUAUUCAUGGCUUGACUUUGCGGCUGCUCUACGUUGCACUUCUGACAUUGUGAAGUGAGCUAUGUUGAGGUCAACUGGCUGGCUGUCAUUAUUUUUCAAUCAUCUUGUUCUCUCCCAUGAAGAUGUCAUAUGCAUAAGCACAAUCAUCAUUGAUUAGAAGAUCAUAGCAGAAUACCCUUGGAUUGGAGAGAAGUUUGUACCUUGCAUUUCUCUGAAUUCCAAUCUCUGCUUUUUGCCAAGCACCGCUUUUUGCCUGGUGAUUUUCACUCCUUUGUAUUAAUGACUUUGACCCAGCAAUCUCUCACGUGAACAGGUUCUAUAGUACAUGGUAACAGCCAAGUCAUGUUACACACCUAGCAUUGUGCAUGCUGUAAUGACAUCCUUUAUAGGCACCUUACAGCUCAAAAAUUUUGUUUCAUAUCAUGCCUUACUUAUCACCAGGAAAGUGGGUAUGAUCUCUAAAG